AUGCCUCAAGCUCAGCCAGAAUUGAAGAAGUACAUGGAGAAGCGGGUCUUCUGCCAACUGAACGGCAACCGCAAAGUCAUUGGUAUCCUCCGCGGCUACGAUGUCUUCAUGAACAUCGUUCUUGACGAGGCAUUCGAGGAGAGGGAUGGUGGCGAGAAGGUUUCGAUUGGAAUGGUGGUUAUCCGCGGUAACUCAGUUGUGAUGCUCGAGGCCCUCGAACGGAUAAGCGACAAAUAA